UGUUUGCUGGUUACUCUCUUCCCUCUCUGGAGAGACACCUGUGCUUGGUGUUACUUCGAGAGAGUCUAUCUCAGCUCUGAAGCAAGGAACCAUUCUGUGAGGGCCAGCAGAUGAAGAGAGGCUUCUGGGGGGUGAAGAGAAGCUUUUGGUGCAUGGAAAGACUAUUGCUGUUCAGUAUCAAAACUCUGCAAAAGGCAGGCAAAGAACAGAACUCCUGCAAAUAAUGAGGUGCACCUGCAUGUCACCCAUGUUGGUGUUUUUGGUGUUGUUCCAUACAGACCUUUGGAAGUUCAGGGAGAAAAGCUGCAGCAGGGCCAGCAGAAAGAACCAAAACCAGCCAUCUCUCAGCUGUAAAGGUAUCCUGUGCCUUUCCUUGCUCAUGGCAGCACAUGGUGAUUUUACAGCAGCUAAGUACCGAGCCUCCAUUGCAAUGUACUGUGGGAGCAUCCCCCAAGCGAAGCCUGGAUGCAGAGCACUGAGAGGAGAAAGCAUCGAUUCCAAUUUGCAGCUGUGUGGGAACAGAUGGAUGACAGCAGAUGAGGCGUCUCUUCAUUCAGUGCUAAAGAAGCAGGCAUGUUUGUGGGGAAACAAAGGUGAACUUCUGGAUAUUGGUCCUCUGGAGAGCUGGGACACUAAAAACCUUCUUCCAAAGAAGAAUACGGAUAUUACAGCUAUGGCUGACUCCUCUCUGGUGCCCAGCCCCAGACCAAAACAGGAUCCCAGCAAGCUGGAGGUGAGCAGUGCAGCUGUGGAGACCACUCAGAUCAAGGACAAACUCAAGAAAAGGAGAAUGUCUGAGGGCAACUCCAACAAAGGCAUGCUUGAUUCCUCUGGUUCAAAAGGACUUGUGCUGAAACCAGCCCUUUCCAGAUCUUCUUCUCAAAGAUUGCUGAUUACUUCCAAGCCCAUGCCUCCUAUUCAGAGCAUCCCCACUUCCCCAGAGAUAAAUGGAGCUGAUGGAAAAGAGCAGAAAGUGCUGGAGAAUGGAACAGGCUACUUGGAAGUUGGCACAGAUCACCCAGAGUCAAUAGCAGCUACCCAACAGAUCCUACAUGGCCAUAAUGAGAAUCUGAGGAAGUCUUUAGGUACUGCCUUGAUCCCCCCAAUCUCCAAAUCAGCGAAGGCAUGUGAGGAUAAUUCUCAGACAUUUCAGGAACCUCUUCCAAGUUCAUCACAGUUGAAGCCAGCUCCUGGUGUUGCAAGAGAGUCCCCUGAGACAAGGUCAAAUCCAGAGCCUUGUAAUACUGAGGAGAACAUUUUCAAAACUCUAGAAACCAGAACGUCAGAACCUGCUUUCAAAAAUGGCUUGUCUACAGCCUUGAAGGUUGAAUCCCUACUGCCCUUAACCAGCUCCUCUCUCACUCUGCUCAAGGAAGGAGCACAGUUCUCAAGUCCUCACCAUUUAAAAGAUGAGGAGUGGAAGGAGAGCCAUGGAAGGAUCCAUGUAACUAUAUCCAAGUCUGCUCAAGAGAAAAUGCGUCAGAAGCAGCUAAAGGAGAUAGAGCUUUUGCGCAAAGAAAGAGAAAAAGAGAAAGAGAGAGAAAAAGAGAGGUUCAUGAUGUUCCAAGAGCAACUACAGAAAACUGCUCAGGAAGGUUCUGAUCCACUGAACAGCAUUGGGGCCACCCCUGGUGCACUCAGCCUGAACAACUCUUGCAGAACGCCUGUUGGGAUGGCCUUAAAAAAACGGGUGAAUAGGCCCUCUCUGCCUAGCAUUCCUGUCAUCAACCAUGAGAGUAGCUUCCUGAGGCAUGCUUCAGCCAACUCCUUGCCAGCAAACCUCCUGGAUUCUUCAGUAUGGGAGGAGGACCUUGUGAACAGAGAUGCCUUAGAAGUAAGACCUUUGUCUCAUCCAGAGCAAGGGCUGAUGGAUGCUCUGAAAUGGCUCAAUAGUAAUGAUUGGCAGCUGAAGGAGAAAGGACUCUUCAGCAUUAAAUGCUUGGCUACCUGCCAUUCUGAAGUUCUCCUGUGUAGACUUCAUGAUGUUUCCUUGGCAGCCACGAAAGAGGUUAGCAACCUCCGGUCAAAGGUUUCUCGGUUUGCUAUUGAGACCCUUGCUGAACUCUUCAGGACCUUGAAGAAGCACAUGGAUCAAGAAACUGAGGAGAUUUCUCGGGUCCUUCUCCAGAAGACUGUUGAUUCUAGUGAAUUCAUCCAGAAAGCAGCUGACGAAUCCUUAGGAGUCAUGGCACGGAGUGUGACUCCUUCACGAGCACUAGCAGCCCUCAUGGCCAACGGAGUGAACCAUCGUAACCCCCUUGUUCGAAAAUGUGCUGCUGAGCACUUACUGACCACUGUGGAACAGAUUGGGGCUGAGAAACUGCUCUCGGGCAACCGGGAGAGCACAGAACUACUGGUACAGACAUUGGUCAAGCUUGCUCAGGACUGCAAUCAAGAGACAAGAUUUUAUGGCCGGAAGAUGCUGAAUAUACUUAUGUCCCAUUCAAAAUUUGAUUGGUACUUGAAGCAGUGUUUACCAUCACAUAACUUGCGUGAUGUCAUGGCUGCAAUUAAGCAGAAGGGGACAGAAGAUCAGGUAUCCCAGGCUCCUUCUGCCAAAAGCCAUAGAGGCUCAAAGAACAGCAGCUUGACAACCUCAUUGGACAGUCUGCCUUCAGAUGAAGGGUCCAUCUCCUGCAAUGCCCUUGCCUUGCCACAGCCAGUAGCUCGCCGCUCAUCCCUUCGCAGUAUAGAAGUGAUGGAGCAGCUUAAGGAUCUGAACAAGCUGCUGAUGUCCAAGGAAUUUCAGCUACGAAUGGAGGGAAUAACAUUGUUAAUGGAGCACUGCAGGAACAACACCCAGCUUGUUUCCUCAAACAUAAUCCAGAUCUUUGAUGCCUUUACCCCAAGACUUCAAGACUCCAACAAGAAAGUGAACCAGUAUGCAUUAGAAUCAGUUGCCUCCAUGAUCCCCAUCCUUAAAGACGGCUUAAAUCCAGUCAUAGUCUCUGUGCUGACCGUAGUCACGGACAACCUAAACUCAAAGAAUUCUGGGAUUUACAGUGCAGCAGUGAAAGUGCUGGACAUCAUGAUUAUUAAUCUAGAUAAUCUGCUGCUGCUUCAAACAUGGGCCAGCAGGGUGCGUUUCAUCAGUGGCCGGGCUCUGCAGGAUGUCACAGACCGCCUGGCAGUCCUCGUGGCUGUUGCUUAUCCACAGAGGCCCCAGGCUGUAGAGCGUCAUGUCCUUCCUGUUCUCUGGUACUUCCUAAGCAACAUGAUUGGCAAUGGCGUAUUACCUGGAAAAAGUGGGAAUGUCAGAACUGUGGUUUCGAAACUUGCUAAGAGUCUGCACAAGCAAAUGGGGCCGAGACUGGAAGAAAAUGCUUCCAGCCAACCACAACACGUGAUCAAAAUGCUCCAGGACCUUCUAAAUAAUGAACACUAGUGAAGGAGAUCCAGUAGCCAGUUUGGCACCUCAGAAGGCAGGAAUGAAGUGGUGGACAAUGAGAGUUUGACAUUAUUUAAUUAUGCUAUUUUAAAGUGUAAUGAUCUACUACAGAAAGUUUAUAGUAGUAACCCACUGUGGAAAGUGUAUAUAAUAUAUUUUCCUGUAGAAUUAAAUCACAUAUUUUUCUAAGGUUUAACGUCCUUAACUAUUGUCGGAUAGAGUUUAAAAUAGAUUUUUCUAUUUUUUAAAAAAAUGUAUGUACAAUUGUAAUUCUUAACUGUAUAUAAAAAAGAAAAAUUUAUUUAUGUAAUACAUGUGUGUCAAAAAGAGGGUGAAGAUGACAAGGAUGAACCUUAAAUCAUGGGCAACUUGAUCCACCAUAGUAGACUGUCCAAACAAGAAGGUGUGUUUGUUUACUGGGGGACUGCACGUGCAUCCACAUUAUUUGCCUGUAGGACUUCUCCUAUUUGUACAGAUGUUGUGUCAUGACACCUCAACAAAUGGGGAAGCCUGCCUGGUUUGCCAUGUAGCUGGAAUGCCAACACAGGAAAAUUUAGGAGAUAGUGAGGGGAGGAGCCAGCUGGCCUGGCUAGUUACCAAGUUCCUCACAGAACAGGUGUAUAAGGCUUAAGGCCUAAGCCCUCUUCAGACAUGAUCAACGUGAGCAGCACUUGCACACUUACAGCAGGGAAAGAAGGGAAGACGUCUUGCCCUGCCGCUCACCUGCUCCCAUGGGGAUCACAUGCUUAUGGUGCCAUUUGUCUGAAGGGGAGGUGACAUAAGCAUGUUCAUUGGUGAUUUUGUGAGUUGCAACCUUGAUCAAUCAAGGUUGUAGCUCAUGGAAUUGGUGGUGAACAUGCUUAUGGCACCUCCUCUUUCAGACAAGAGGGAGGGGAUGAGUGACAGCGCUGAGGCGGGACUUCAUCGCCACUUUCCCCUGCGUAAGUAUGAGCGCUGCUCACACCGACCACAUCUGAAGAGGGCUGUACUAGUUAUCUCUGAAUGGUUCAUCUGUUCAAUCUGUACCAUCCAAACUGCAAGAAGGGACUUGAAUGCUUGAAUGGACCUCCAUGCAUACCGUUCCUUCUACACAGAUAAUUAGACUUCAAGGAGAAGCGUUUUACUCUAGCCUUCUUGACACCUAGUUUCCUAUCACAGAUCAACAGUGUCCAGUCACCAAUUUACUACCUCAGUGAGAACUAGUUCUAAGAUCAUUCCUGGCAAAGAAUUGAUAAGGUCUUUAUAGUCUGAUGCCAAGUUGGCAGAAUUUGUUGUGUCAGAUGGGAGUUCAGUCAUAACACCAGCACCGCUCGUUCAUAAGCAGAAUUUGAGUAACAAAUUAUAUAUAUGCAAGGGAUAGAACAUAAGUGGUGUAAGCGUUGUAAGUGUGUGUGUGUGUAUGUAUGGGACAGGGUUGGCGGGGGGAUAGGGAGGAAGAUUGAGGCCUGGUUCAUACAACUACUUUUGAUACAACAACUUUUUGAUAGUCACCAAAAAAGUGGGUUGUAUCCUAACCUUUUGCAAAGUGCUCCUGCAUCUUAGAAAGCUUCUUUUGUGAAUAGAUGGAUACUUGUGCUUACAUAACAAGUCCUCCCAUGAGCAGAAAGAGUUGUAAACACAAGACUCUUUCCUUAAGCAGAAGGAGCUCCAGUGAAGUGCCUCACAGAAGGUCAUGAUACAAACCACUGACUUUUUGCUGGAAUUGUGCUGCAAUUAAAAAGGUGUUCUUUUAAUAUUGCACUCAUGUGCUAUAAGCAAAAGUUACUAUGCCCUGAAUACAAAUUAUCUGUAUACAGUAGCUGCCAGUUUUAUUAUGUUAAACAGAACACAUAUAGCAUAUUCAGAAAAUUUAGUAUUUUGGCGUGGUAGCUUUUGAUUUUACUAUACAAAGACAACAUUGCAGAAACACCCAAUAACAUGUAAAUUAUGAGUACAAAUCACCGCAUGGUGAUGUUACUACCUCAAAGGUGGCUGUGAUCACUAACCUUAUAUGGCCAUUUUGAGACGUAUGUUGUGUUGAAGCUGCUACAGGCUGUUUCUUUUCAGUGUGGUGACCCGUUUUAUAAUUGUGACUUUUAUCUCCACUGGUUUAAAAUUCACUGUGCCAGGGGAUUUGAGGUGGCUUCACUAUCUCAGCUGCCACUUCAAAAUAGCCAUGUAAACCACCCAAAGUAAUACCUAAGACAUACUGUGGAAAGCAGGAAGUGGACGUGUGUAUGGAGAGAGAACUAGGGAGGUGAGAUGGGGGGAAGGCUGUGAUCAUGUGUAUGCCCAACUGGAAAUCUAUUAGAAAAACAUAUAACUAAAUGGGGAUUAAAAACCCUUUAAAAAAACAGAGCAGAAAGAAAGAUCUCUAAACAUAAGAAGACAGAUAAGCACAAUGAUUCAGCCACUCAGAAGGACUCCUGGUUCCGACUUGUUAAAAUACCUGAGAUUUUGCAGUAUGAUGCUGUUUACUUUGUAGAAUGUGAACCUACCACCCUUCUCUAUCCAAUAUUAUUACAGAGCUUGCUUCAGUGAUGAGGUGAAGGGUUUUAAAACAUACAGGAUUAUUGGAAUGUUUCUAGAACACCAGCAUUCUGCACUGAUUCUGGAACACCCAGAAUCUCAAUCUGAAUAAUUAGGAAGAACAAAAUAUUUCAUUAUUAUCUUUCUGAAAUGCUCUAGAGCAACAUUUGAAGAACACUAUGGAAGACAUCUUUAUAAAAUGUUAACAUUGGGGAAAGUCUUGUAUGUGGUAUACAUGUCGAAGAUGGUUGAGUCUAAUAUUAAAAAAUCAUGAUUUAGCG